AUGUGCCUAGGCGGCGCCAUUUUUGGCUGCAAGGUGCAAACAGGAUCAAUAGAGGAACAGACAAGGCUGUCUGAAAGACCUCUGGGCAAUGAUGCUAUCAAUCUUGAGGUAACAGAAGAGUGCCCUAGGGAAGGGCUAGUGAACAGCCCACCUGUUGGCCAAACCUCAUUUGUUAUGGUGAGAGGAGAAGAUGACCUAGAGGCUGUCAGAGACGAGCUGAUCAAGGGAUUCCUUGAAAUUGAUACCGGCGGAAGGAAAAUCGGGAUAAAGGAAAUGGAGAAAUUGAAUGAGAAGGCAUUCAAGGCCGCUUGUCUUGCAAAGGUACCUCCUGAAGAAGUUGCUACGGCAUCUUAUGAGUUAUACUCAUCAUGGCAGCAGCAACUUGGCGACCUAAGCUGGUAUCCGUUCAAAACUGUCAUAGUUGAUGGCAAUCACCAGGAGAUUGUGAACGUUGAUGAUGAUAAAUUGCAAGAGCUGAAGAGGGCAUGGGGUUCUGGUGCCCAUGAUGCUGUGGUUAACACACUGGUGGAAAUGAAACAGUACGACCGUCUGAGCGACGGAAGCAUCGCCAAUGAGCUAUGGAACUACAAGGAGGGGAGGAGGGCUACUACGAGGGAGUGUAUCAACUACAUGUCCAAUCAGGUGAAGCAGCUUACCAUGACGAAGCGCAGGAGGAUUCGCAGGUUGAACGGCAAGGCAUGAGCUACCUUACCGCCUUUUUAACUCCCCAAGGAUCUGAGAAGUAGCAUCGCAGGAAAUCGCAAGCCCUUUUGGAUCAUGUACAAAUAUGUCAUGACUUCAGUAUGCUAAUGAUUCUGCUUCAUAGAAGCAGUGCUUCUGAUGUAGUGAUCUCACGGCUCUUUGACUGGUGCAGGAUCAGAGCGUAGGCUGUAGCAAGGAACUUUAUAAGACAACUAGGGAGAUUCCUACUCCGAUGAACUCCCAUGCUUCGUGUUAGAACUCUGAUGAUCUGGCCAAUGUGCCUGUAGCAAGACGCGGCGAGGUCCUCUUCAUGCGGCGGCUUGACCUUGCGGCGGACGAAUGCAGCAACGUCUUCAGGGCCGACCUCACCCGCAGCCAUGCCGCGAAGGUCCAAGGCGCGUUCCCCGCGAGGAAGCUCGCUUCCAGCCGGAGCAGGGCCGCGGUGAUCACCAUAUAGGUGGUUCACUAUUCUGCAGCUGUAGACGUAUGAGUGGAUGAUCACCACAUAGGUGGUUUCACUAUUCUGCAGUUGUAGACGUAUGAGUGGAUUGUGGUUGGCGUCCGACAUCUUGGUUGUUUAUUCCUUGAGUAAUCACCAUA